AUGUCUUCAAAAGGCCAUGUAUCCCGCGGGAUUCAACUCUCUUCAUUCCACCCCCGCAAAAUCGUACGGUCGUCUGCUCACCCCGCUCCCAUUCCGGCAAGCAAACCCACCACCAACGGCCCAUUCAGAGUCAACUUGAUUACUCUCCGAGGUAAGGCAGAGAGAAGGUCAAGCGCAAACAAGGGCACAGUCACACACCGCAACACACCUAGGAGAAAGCCGAACAGAUGGGCUCACAGUCGGAUGACACUCGGACUUCUGCGUAGGACCUCGGCGGGCGAGAGAGGACAAGAGUAAACAAAAGGCUCCCCUCCUCCGACGGCCGGGACCGUACAUGAAGCCCCGACGCUGCUGUGACGCCUGCCGGCGGCGUCACCGUAAGUGCGUUGUGCAGCCCGGCGCGACGGGAUGCGGCGCCUGCGUCGAGGCUGAUCUCGAGUGUCACUUUGACACGACGUUACGCUUUAAGCAUGCGCCGGGCAGCUCCAGAAAGUCGGUACUCUCCGGAGACAGAGUUCAGAAGGCGGAUCACCGAGCCCGGCGCAAGAGCGAAGCAAGUCGUCUAGACGACGCAGUAACCGAGGCAUCUUCGUCACCGGCCGUCCAGUCCGCUGCGGGCGACAGAAGCAACAGCUUCACAUCCCACGCAUCCCCGCACGGCUUGACACCAUAUGAAGGACAGCUCAACUUCGACUACUCACCGCCGGCUACGCACACGUUCCGAGCCGAGGCCCCCGCACAACGAUUCACCGGGCAUGGAUCUCACGGUGACGGCAGCGCGCCCAUCGGCUUCGUGUUGAACAGCGGGCCACCGCGGGAAAGCCGACAACACCGGGAUAGCUUCACUUCGAGCCCCGGGUAUCUCGACUCCACCCGAGAUGGUAUCGCCUCGGAUAGCGGGCAAUGGCAAUCGGGAGAGGUGCAGCCUCAGCUCCAGAUUUCGUAUCUCUUGGGAGAUUCGCCGUCCACGCAGGCUGGGUCCUCACAUCAAAUUGCUUCGGAGCGCGCUGAGAGUCUCAUUUCGGAUGCAGAAUUUCGCAUUCAGCCCGUGGACCCGGAGCACUGCGGUUUCACCGGACGCCAGGCUUUCUUAUUUCGCACAUACAUCUUGAGAAUAGCGCCUUCGAUUGACGCAUGUCACGAUGCCCGCCCUUUCACCCUCGAUGUUCCCCGCCUCGCCCUCCGCAAGCCGAUCUUGCUAAACGGAAUUUUCGCCCUAGCUAGUCGCUUCGACACACAAGGGAACGACGAUGCCAUCGAAAAGUCCGAUUUGGAGAGCACGUACUACCACAACCGCUGCAUCGAACUGCUCAUUGAAGCAUUUUCCCAGCCCCCGGAAACGUGGGACUCAAUCCUGCUGACGGCCGUCGUGAUCAUGCGUCUGUACGAGGAGUGCGACAAUGAGACGGACUCACAUUACCACCACCUCCGAGGCACGCGGAAUCUGCUGAAUCAUGACGCCAUUGCCCGUUUCGUGACGCAAGGCGGCCUGGCCGAGGCCGCGAGCUGGGUUCAUCUUCGCCAGGCCCUCUACGUGUUCCUAGUCCGCAGGACGCCUAUCGAGAUCUGUCUAGAGAAUUUCGAGAGGUCGUCGACUUUUAGGAGCAAUAACGAUACCGCGCAUGCAAACCGGAUCGUCUACCUAUUUGCCAAAGUCCUGAAGCUGUUCUUCCCAGAAGAUGGGUCGGGUUUCAGGACGAGCAGCUCGGAGGCCUGGGGAGAGUUGCAGAAUGACGUAGACGUGUGGUACAAAGAGAAGCCACUUUCUUUUCAGCCUCUUUUCUAUGAGCGAGCGGAUGUAGCCAAAGCGAGACCAUUUCCGACGCUGUGGAUGGCCGCAGAUCCAGGCACUGUUGCUCUCGGGUACUACUACGCUUCAAAAGCGAUAUUUUGCUUCCAGGAUUACAACAGCUCAAAUCCAACGGCAGGAUUUGAAGGAACGAAGAAGAGGAUGGACAGCGAGGUCAGUCACGGACCGCAAGGGUCCGCUUGCACUCUGCUAAGCAUCUCACAGCGUGAAAUUACGUUCUAUCUAUGUAUGCUCAUGGGCUUAGCUCGCUCGAACGAGGCUGUCAACGCAUACUACUUGCCCGCACAUAUGCUGUCCUUGUGUAAGUCGGCUGCCACGAUGUGCUCGCUAUCUAGCUGCGGAAUCUAACUUAUUCUUAGGCGGUCAUCUAAUCAGGCAUCCCCUCGAACGAGACCACACAAUCAAAUAUCUUGCACAAGUAAGGACUAUUGUGCAAUGGAAGACGGGGGCGUUGGUCAAGACUUUGAAGGAACAAUGGUCUCAG